AUGCGGGCACUGCGCACUGCCCUGCCACCUGCACUGCUACGCAAGGCGUACCGCCUGCAGACGCCAUGCAUGACGAAGCACACGGCCAAGAAUGAUCGUCUGCUGAACUGCACCGCGUCGCCGCAGUGCAUGGUGGGGCUCCAGCUUCUCGGCAGCGACGCAGCGACGCGCGAGGACUGCUUGAGAGCAAUAAUGGGAGACGGCCCGUACGUGGUGCCACUGCCUACGGUGAAGGGCAGCAGUGUAAUCGCGGCAAGUGGCGACGUCGCGUCGUCGUCCGCCUCGUCGGCGCGCGAGCACGGCACGGUACGAGCCACAAAGAGCACUUGCGAACACUUAGCAGAGGCUUCACAGAGCGCGACGGCCGCUGACGAUGCAGCCGAGCGCACUGUGAUGAGCGACCCAACCUUCCCUUGCUUGUGGCGUGGCGUGCGCAACUUGAUGAACACAUGUUACUUCAGCUCCGUGCUGCAGCUCAUCUUUAGCAUUGCUCCGGUGCGCCGAGCGAUUCUUGAUGACGCCGUAGGGCACGAUCGUCACUGCGUAGCGGUGACAGAUGCCCAGGGUGGCGCUGGUGUUAGCCAGCUGGCCGAGUCGGGGCUCAGGGAGCUCUUUGCACUAAUGGCCUUCAGUCGCGAAGGUGUUGGCGCAGACCCGAAAUCAUUCGCCACGUACCUUUCCCUUGAUGUGAAGGUGCAGCAGGAUGCGCAGGAGUUCUUCACGCUGCUGCUGGAUUGGCUGCGGUGCCAUUGUGGUGCAAUGGUGAGGGCCGCCGUCACCAGCACCUUCUCCGGAACGCUCCUCUACGACCGGCAGUGUGGCGCGUGCGGCCGGUCCGCCAAGCGAGCCGAGCCGUUCUUGUAUCUCUCGCUGCCUGUUUGCUCUACCCUAGAGGACUCCCUGUCAGAGUUCUCGAAGCCGGAGGCGGUGGAUGGCUUCGUGUGCGAGAAGUGCGGCCAAACGGCGGUGGCGACUUCUCUACAGUACAUGCGCACCCUACCUGAUGUGCUUGUGAUCCACUGGAACCGCUUUGAGUUCGACCUGCACACGCUGCAGCGACACAAAGUGACCACCACCGCCUCCUUUCCGCUUCAGCUCGACAUGGAGACGUACAUGCGACAGUGGCAUGAGCAGAAGUGGAGCAAUACAUCUGCAGCCGCUGGUGGUGACGGCGCGGCUCCAGAGCAGAGCGAGAGCCAUCAUAUGUACGAGCUGCGCGGUGUCGUGAACCAUCUUGGCGACACCGCUGUAUCUGGCCACUACACCUACCACGGAAAGGUCUCCAGCGCCUCGGCGGAACCGGGCAGCAGUAGCGGUGGUAGAAGCAGCUCGUGGCUGAACUUCAACGACGCAGAGGUUUCGAGGCUGAACCGCUACCAAGGGCAGCGCGGCACGUCGCCAGACGCUUACCUGCUCGUGUAUCACCGCAUCCCCACUCCAUCAUCUCCAAGCUCUGCGUCGGUGUCGGCCUCCCCCUGCCCGGGCAAGCCGCUGCAGCCGCAGCCUGUCGCUGCCAUUCCGUCCACCAGCGUCGCCCCCAUCCCGGCAGAGUACCCCGUGUACUUGCGCCAGUACGUUGAUCGCGUGAAUGGUGAGUGCGUCGCCAAGCGCCACCACUGGACGGGGCAGCGUGCGCAGGUGGCGGCGCUCUUCGACUUGUGGGCCGCCGCUGCGAAGGCCGUGUUCGUGAACCCCACGAGCACCACGAGCACCACGAGCCCCCCGGCAUGGCUGUCAACCGCAGCGGCACCACCGUCCCUCUACGUGCUUCCCACCCUUUGGCUGCAGCACUUUGGCCGCUUCUUCUUGCCUGCCUACGUGGACGCGGCGGCGCUCGGCAGCGGUCCCGAGUCGCAGCUGAAGCGCAACCGGAAGGACUCGGACGCUGCCACAGGUUCUACCGGCGAUGAUACCAACUCUGCGCUUGCGAGCAGUGCUGCUGGUGUUGGUACGAAGCUGAUUGCUGUUGGGUGCGAGGAGGGCGCCUCGGUCAGUGGCACCAGUGUUGCAGUGGAGAGGGCUGUGGCGACGGCCACGGUCGGCUUCCUCCGCCACGGCCACAUGCAGACUGUUGAAGAGGUUUAUCAGCAGGUGCGCCAGUACUCGUUGCUGCAAGCGUUGUCCUCGGUAACCUGUGCACACGGCUAUGUGUUACCGUGGGCAUCGUACAAGGUUGUCUCGGCAUCUGCGUAUGCCAAGCUAACCUAUUUUCUCGGCGUCUGCGGCUCACCCUUGACAGUAGCGGCAAGCAACGACAGCUCUGCAUCGUCCUCCACACUGGGCGCGUCGAUGGCGGCUCGUCUGCGCGAGUCGCUGGCUAACGGCGGCUCCGCCUGCGACACUCAGCCGAGUUGCGCCUUCACGGACGCCAGCAUGUGCCCGCUUUGUGUCGCCGCCAUGGCCGCUGGAGUGCAGACGCUCGCAUCGCGCGCUGCGGAGGAUGAGGAGGCGGAGCUCAGCCUUACCUGCGCCUGGGAAGAGUCGGAGCAGUGGAAGAGCCACGGGGCAGGCGGGAAAAACGACGAGGUCAGCAGCAGUACCGGGCCCGAGGCCGCUGCACUAACUGCUGGUACGCAGAGCACACGGCAGCCUGAGGAUGCAGAGGAGAAGGCCGAUGAGCAACAGCAGCGUGUGUUCGUCAGCAAGACCAUCGUCGAGGUGUGGGCUUCGUUCUACGCGAGCCAGCUUGGCUGGGGCCGCGUGCGGCAGUCCGAGGGCUACACGGGUGUGCUGGUGAUGCGCGAGGCACGGGUGGCACCGCCGCCGUUGCCGGCGGCAACGGCGACCGCCUCCGCCUCUUCCGCCUUUUCUUCAGCGUCUUCUAUGGUGCCCGAGACAGUCUCUACAUCUCUUGCGAACGCUGGCGGCCCGUUUAGCCUGGCCCCCCUUAACGUCAGCCGUGGCGACUGGGACCUGUCGGUUCAGUUGCUUUGCCCUCACGGUGCCGUGCGCUCUGAUCAACACGUCGUGGCCAUCCCGAACUCCUUGCGGCGCUACUGGGUGCACCGCUUUGUGGAGUUGCUCACGGUGGCGCAUCGCUCUGGCGUCCUGCGCACGUCGAGCCCGCACUGGAGCGUAAACGAAGACAACAUUGAACACUUCUUACUUCCCCUCAUCCCUGCCUCGGAAACGAGCACGACGUGUCGCGAGUGCAUGCAGUCGAGCGUGCAGCAUCUCACCUCGCGCCACGAGAAGCGCAUGAGGAGGAUGGAGGAGCGCAAGCGCUACCCGUCUCUGUGGCUUGCUGGCGCAAUGACCUCUCCCGCCGGGGUCGAGCAGCUGCUGCUCGCCACCGGGGCGGAGAGCGAGGAGCAGCUACUCGCUGCACAGCACCCGAAUCGGCUUUUCUUCAAACACCACGGCGAGCGCGAGUACCGUGAGUACGUGAAGAAGUGGUCCGAGUCGCAUCAGCAGCGAGUGGCCCACCAGUCCAGCGAGGUGCAGAGACUGCGCACGGUGCUGGCGAAGAGGCAGCAACGCGACGCCGCCUGGAACGCGCGCGUGACGAUACGGCGCUGCAGACGCAGCCGUGAUGAUGGCCGAGGCGCUGGAGAAGCAGCGAACCCCCCUUCCUCUCCUACGACAGUGUCGCCACCGGAAAUGGCAACUACAGCAGCGGCCGCGCCAGAUCCGCAGUCGCUUGAGAGCCGCUUGUCUCAUGCUGAGGAGACGCUGAAGAAGCUGAUGGCGCAGGCGGUGCCAGACUGCACCGUUGCGUAUGGCUGUGUGCCGACGUGGUGGGUGGCGCGCUGGUACGCGGCGAUGCAGAGCGAGGACAGCCAGUCCGGCACUAACAAAGAGGGCGGGGACGCGUAUGGCGAGGCCUUGCUGGCGCUGCCGCGCAUCUCCUUCGAAAAGCUCAAGUGUGAGCACUGCGCGAGCCUGCUGGAGGUGUCGUGGCUGAACCCGUCUGAUUGCUUCUGGCAGGGGACGCGGGCGAAGCGGGCCGAGUUGCUCUGGAACGAUGUGCAGGUGGAGCGGGCCGGUGCGUCGUCCGCGACAUCGCCGCCGACGGGCCACUCGGCAGCAGAGCACCGCAGUCAAUGCUGGCUACCGCCCAUGGUGAUAUUACCGAUGGAGGAGUAUGUUGCGCUGUUGACGCAGUACGGCGAACCGGGCAUGCUGGAGCGUUCGACAACGUCGACCGGCGGCAGCGCGGGUGCAUUCACUGCCGAGGCGGCAUUGGGCGGUGCUGAGCCUCGCCCGGAGGUGACGGACGUGGACGUCGAGGCGACGGCGGAUGUGGCCUCUUCUGAGGCUGCGAAGGAGCCAAGGGAUCCCUCCGCCUCCUCGACAGGGAACUUCAAGGCUGCGUCUCCGUCGACGCCGCCGCCCGCGGCGGUUCCGAUGACGAGGGCACGCGGGCCGACUGUUCCCGUCGCGGACGCCGUCAUUCAGGUGCGCUUUUACAACGGCGUGCGCCAACUGGUGCCUCCUACGUGUGCCCAGUGCUGCGCGACGAUGCUAGCCAACUUUGACGUUCACUGCGAGUCCUUCGUGAAUGGCUCGUUGCAGCUGAACAUACACGUGAGGAAGAGUCGCAAGAAUUACUACGACGCGGUGAGCGUGUUGACCUCGGCCUCGGUGCAGCACACCGGCGGUAGCACUGUGAAGGCUGCGGAGGGUGUCAGCAGCAUCGUCGCGACCAAAACCGAUGUGAUCCCUUCGGGGAUCCACUAUUACACGACGCUGGGGCAACUCAAGGUCUACAUCAGUGCGCACCUGCGCGAGAAGCACGGAUAUCUUGUUCCCGCCGAGGUGCUGCAGAUUGGGCGCGGAAAGAACAAGCCCUUGAAGCGGCGCUCACCGCCACCGCACACCACGGAGGGGAGUGCGCAGCUCGACGACGCCACGCUUCAGGAGCUAGGCAUCCGUGACGGCGAGACGCUCUCCGUGCAGUCUGUCGACAUCAUCGCGCAGACGUGCGCCACGACAGAGGCGAUCGACGAGGAGUGGGAGGCAAUUCCACCGGAGCUGCUGCAAGCCGACGCUCGCGGUGGCGCAUCUGCCGCGUCGGCCGUCCGUGAGCACACGGUGGCUUUCCGUGAGACACGACUCCAGGGAGGCCAUGGCGGGUCCAUCCCCGCAGCAUCCCACGCUGUCAGCGCGGCUGCCGUCGGUGUCUUUGGUGCGGUGCCUACCGUCGGCGUUGCAAGCCCCAUGGAGGAGCAGGGUGUGACAUGCUGUGUGUGCACCUUCCUUAAUGCUCCUGAUAUGGUGAUGUGCGAGAUGUGCGAGGCCCCGUUGCCGCGUGUGUAG